CAGUAACCCGGAUGUGGCCCUGGUUUUGUUGACAUCACACAGCGGCGAUCAUCAACAGAUCAUGUUCAUAUUUGUGCGCUUCUUGUGAUUCAAACGGAGCGUCAGUCGGUGUGCGGGCGUCAUUGGGUUACGCGGGGCGUCAGCAGGUGCAGGAGAUUUUCGUACUCUCUCAAUGUCUGUCUCCUGAGAUCAGACAGCUUGCCUUGAAAUCUGACGUCCCACUGAUCAAUCCUAAGUCUGACAGGGACGCACGCCAUCAUGGCGACUAAAGUAGGAGACGACCCGGACAGCCUGAUGUCUCUGUGUACCGUCUUCUGUCUGAAGAACCUGGAGAGAACCAUGUGUUAUAUGGGAGACAGGCUCUACCUGCGUCCUGAUGUGUUUCUGCCCAGCGAAAUCUGUGAUAAACUGGUGAAGAUGUACAUGGAUCUUCUCCAGACAGACAGUGAUUAUGAGGAGCAGGACGGCUUCUUCCAGCUCUUCAGUGACCCGCGCAGCACCAGACUCACCCGACUCCAGCUCAGAGAAGAGUUUGUUGGGCACAGAGAACUUGAAACCAAGUUAGUACAGGACAGAGACCUUGAAGCCAUCAGUAAACAGGAUUUGAUGGAGCUUCAUCUGAUCUACUGUCACUGGCUGACGGCACGUAGUCUGAGAACCCUUCAAAGUUUCAGGCACUCGCUGAUGUCCCUCAAUCUGUUCGGUUGCUCCAACAUCUUCUUCAGGAAGGGUGGAGCUCCGCUGGCGUACCCGGAGGAGGAAAAUGCAGAGGAACGACACACGGUGGACUCGGACUUUAGUUUUCAGGGCUUCAACCGUCUGAGGGUGCUGAAUUUGGCCGGUCUGUCUUCCGAGGUGGAUGUGGAGACGCUGCUCAGGCCGCUGCCGGCGCUCACCUAUCUGGACCUUUCGGGUGUCCGUCUGCCUCGGCCGGCGUUCCUCACGCAGUGGAAGGAGCGUCUGACGUCUCUGGUGCUGUAUAACGUGGAGUUGAGCGAGGAACUGAUCCACACGCUGAUCCAGUUAAGCAUGCUGAGACACCUGGAUAUUUCCAGAGAAAGCCAGAGAUCAUCAAAGUUCAAGAUGACGGGGAAGAUCUUGAGCAGUCUUGUGCAGAGUUUAGUCAAUCUGGUGUCGCUGGACAUCUCGGGUCACAUCAUGUUGGACAACUGCACGGUGCCUCAGCUUGAGGAUGCGAUGGGCCGUCCGAGCAUUGAGCCGUGCAAGAGCAGCAUCUACCCGCUUCAGGACCUGAAGAGACCGCUGCAGUUUCUGGGACUGUACAACACCACACUCUGCAAUGUCACACAUAUACCUGCUUACAAGGUCACCGGCUCUAAGAAUGAGGAUCAGAUUUUGAAUGCUAUUGAGGUUUACACAGAACAGAGACCAGAACUCGCCCAUCGAGCCAUCAAUCAACUGUUUGACAUCGCCAGAAUCCAGCACUGCAGUCAGCUGCUCCGAGCACUGAAGCUGGUUAUUACAGCCCUGAAGACUCAUAAAAAUGACAAGAGCAUUCAGGUGACUGGCAGCGCUGCGCUCUUUUACCUCACCAACACUGAUUAUCGCAGUGAACAGAGCGUCCGUCUGCGCAGAGAGGUCAUACAGGUGGUGCUCAAUGGUAUGGAAAAGUAUCAGGAGGUGACGGUUCAGAGGAACUGUUGUCUGACGCUGUGUAACUUCAGUAUUCCAGAAGAACUGGAGUUUCAGUAUAAAAGGGUUAAUGAGCUGCUGUUGAAGAUUCUGGAUCCUGCAGAUCAGGACGAAUCCAUUCAGCGCAUUGCCGUACAUCUGUGUAACGCACUGGUCUGUCAGGUUGACAAUGACCACAAAGAAGAAGUCGGCAAGAUGGGAUUUGUUAAGACGAUGUUAAGUUUGAUCCAGAAGAGGCUUCAGAACAGAAUGUGUGAUCAGGUGAUGGAGUUUUCCUGGAGCGCUCUGUGGAACAUCACGGAUGAGACACCAGAUAACUGUCAGAUGUUUCUGGAAAAAAAUGGAAUGAAUCUCUUCCUGGAUUGUCUGAAGGAGUUUCCUGAUAAACAGGAGCUUCAUCGUAACAUGUUGGGUCUGCUGGGUAACGUAGCUGAAGUGAAAGCCCUGCGGCCGCAGCUCCUAACCAAACAGUUCAUCACGGUCUUCAGUGACCUGCUGGACAGUAAAGCUGACGGCAUCGAGGUGUCGUAUAACGCCUGUGGAGUUCUGUCGCACAUCAUGUUUGACGGACCGGAGGUCUGGACCAUGGAGGAACCCAGCAGGCAACAUGUCAUGGACAAAAUGUGGGCGGCCAUUCAGAGCUGGGACGUCAGCUCGCGGCGAAACAUCAACUACAGAUCAUUUGAACCCAUCCUGCGUCUCCUCCCUCAGAAUGGAGCUCUGGUCAGUCAACACUGGGCCACAUGGGCGCUUUAUAACCUGGUGUCAGUUUACCCGAGUAAAUACUGCCCUCUGUUGAUAAAGGAGGGGGGAAUCUCUUUGCUGCAGAAAGUUGUAGAGCUCGAGUCUUCUCACCAAGAGACUAAAGACAUGGCGAGUAAAGUAAUGGAUCACUGUGAGAACUAUAAGGAUGAUCCGAUGGACACCAGCAGGUAAAGGACAGCUGAUCAGGACCUUCAUCUCUCUCACUGUUACUGAUGAUGAUGAUGAUGAUGAUGAUUGUGUGCUGGAGGAUCUGCUAUGAUCAGUUACACAUCAGUUACAUCACACUACAGUGAACUCACGAGAGAACGUGUGCUUGUGUUUUUCUUUUUGAUUUUACGUGUGUAUGAUUAUGUGUUUAAGUAAAUGUGUGUGUGUAUAUAUAUAUAUAUGUGUGUGUGUGUCUGUUGAAUAUAAGCUGCAUUGAAACAUCUCAGUUCUGCCCUCUGUGACAUCACAAUGCCUAUGAUCAGUUGAUCCUAUCAGUAUGCUGGAAAGUACUGAUGUCACACAAGACUCGACUAGUCAUUCUGGAGCGGUGGGUUCAUGUGUACAUGUUGGGAAGAAGGUUCUCUCGCUUUGUUCUGUAUGGAUGUUUUCAUACGGUCACCGAUAGCACUCCUCUAAAUGACUUUAAUCGACAAAAUGUCCGUCACGUAGUCACAAUGGACUUCACAACGAGGAAUUCAGUCCUAGUUUUCUCAUUAAAGCGAUAUAUUUAGGGUGUUUCUUUUAUUUCUUUUUGUAUUUUAAGUCAUAUUCACUUUUUAUUUGCAAUGUCAAUAAGAAUAGGAUUUAUAUGUAAUGAGACAAACGGUGAAUUCAGAUGUUUAUCUUCAGGAACAAUAGUGUGUAACCUGCAGGACUAAGCGUUCAAAUGCAGUCCCUGAUGUUUUUCUAAUCUACACAGAUCUGAAAAUGCAAUAAAACUGACGUACUGAAGCAAGAUGUUGAGUAAACACUGGGUGUAAAGAGACAAUAUUACUACUAAUAUUAGCUAUCAAACACUCUGUUUCUGUGUUCUGGGCUGCUGUCUUUAUUUCCUUUAAUGAUGUAUAUGAUGAUGAUGAUGAUGAUAAUAUAUCAGGCAGAAAAACCUCCUGAAGUAUCUGUUUUUAGAUUCGCUGUAUCUUUAAAUUCGGAAGACAAGCGCAGGUUCUUUAUGUUAGAUUUCUUACGUCUGUGCUUUUGUAUAAUGUGUUCACUGUUAGGAGAGCAAAUAUUGUUUCUGUAAAAUAAUCCUUCUAUUCAGACGCUUGUGCAAGAAUUAUGAAACGCACAAUAUUACAGAGAUUUUUCAGAUGUUUGAGAUAAAAGGGAUUGCACCUGUCAGUCAUAUUAUUCAUGAUUCUGGACUCAUCGCGAUUUUAUUCUUUCUUAUUUUAGUAAAAAUGUUAAUUCUAUACAGAUCAACAUUAACAAAGUUUAAAAAGUAAAUCUCCAGGUGACUCUGAUGAAAUCGUUUUCUUUAUUUAUGGCUGAAUUAAUGGGAGUGUUGUAGACUCUUUUCAUUAUUUGGUAAAAGUAAAUAAAGACAUGUUUGGGAAAAAUGUUUUCAA